AUGGCGACCGGGAGAGUAGAUCUGGACGGGAAUCCAAUUAAACCGAUUACUAUAUGCAUGAUUGGCGCCGGGGGUUUCAUUGGCUCGCACCUCUGUGAGAAGCUCAUGACGGAGACGCCACACAAAGUGCUGGCGGUGGAUGUGUACAGUGACAAGAUCAAGCACCUGUUGGAGACCUCGGGCUCGGGCUCACCACCUUGGGCCGAUCGAAUCCAGUUCCACCGACUCAACAUCAGGAACGACCCACGACUCGAAGGCCUUAUCAAGAUGGCGGAUCUCACAAUAAAUCUUGCUGCAAUUUGCACUCCGGCUGAUUACAACACGCGUCCCCUUGACACAAUUUACAGCAACUUCAUCGAUGCUCUCCCUGUGGUCAAGUACUGUUCUGAAAACAGCAAACGUCUCAUACACUUCUCCACUUGUGAAGUUUAUGGGAAAACCAUUGGUUGCUUUUUACCCAAAGAUAGCCCAUUACGGCAGGAUCCUGAUUACUUUGUUCUUAAAGAAGAUGCUUCCCCUUGCAUUUUUGGCCCAAUUGAAAAGCAGAGGUGGUCCUAUGCAUGUGCAAAGCAGUUGAUUGAAAGGUUGAUCUACGCUGAGAGUGCUGAGAAUGGUCUUGAAUUUACAAUUGUGAGACCCUUCAACUGGAUUGGUCCCAGAAUGGAUUUCAUACCGGGAAUUGAUGGCCCUAGUGAGGGUGUUCCAAGAGUUCUAGCAUGCUUUAGCAAUAAUCUUCUAAGGCGUGAACCACUCAAGCUUGUGGAUGGUGGCCAAUCACAAAGAACCUUUGUUUAUAUCAAGGAUGCCAUUGAAGCUGUUCUUUUGAUGAUUGAAAAUCCUGACCGGGCCAAUGGUCACAUAUUCAAUGUUGGAAACCCUAACAAUGAAGUUACAGUAAGGCAGCUUGCCGAAAUGAUGACGCAGGUUUACUCAAAGGUUAGUGCAGAGCCUCCACUAGAUACACCUACCAUUGACAUAAGCUCUAAAGAAUUUUACGGUGAAGGAUAUGAUGACAGUGACAAGAGAAUUCCAGACAUGACCAUAAUUAACAGACAACUUGGAUGGAAUCCGAAGACAUCACUUUGGGAUCUGCUUGAAUCUACUCUUACAUACCAGCACAGGACAUAUGCUGAAGCUGUCAAGAAGGCCAUUUCUAAGCCAGUUGCAAGUUAA